AUGGCGGAAAAACCUCAAAAAUCCAAGUUCACUCAAGCCGAGGUCGACUUGUUGUGGGCCAUCAUCGAACGCGUUCCGAAGGAUGAAAUCAACCCGUGUGUUGCUGGAAACGUCGAAGCCGUUGCUACACAUCUGGGAAUCAAAAAGACAGCUGCUGAGAAGCGCUGGUCCCGUCUUGCAAUUAGAGUGCGCAAGGGAAAAGAGGCCACUGAUAAGGGAGUUGUUCUCGCAAGCAUUGCAGAGGAGACCGAAGUCGAAACUAGUGGUGAGGAUCAGGUUGUCACAAAGAAUGAUGGUGGAAAGCAAGUUCGUGGCAAGGAUGUUAAGGCACUCGGUGUUACACCAAAGCGUAAUCACAAGACUCCUAUGAAGAACAAGGUCUCUCAGGACAAGGUCGUUAAGAAGAAGGCUACUGUUACAAAGGGCAAGCGUGGUAAGGAGGGUAUCAAGGAUGAGGUCAAUGCUAAAACCUAUAUCAAGAAGGAAGAACCCGAGGAGGCUUUCGACGAUGAUGAGGCAGCUUUCUGA